CACCCUUCAUUUCUCUCCUCAUCCUCUUCCCCCGUUCUCUUCUACUUCUUUGCUUCCUCAACUUUCAGUGUUUUAUUGUUUUUUUCUUUUUUUUUGGUUUAGUGUGUUGCAAUGGCCGCGGAGCCGACACCAAAGCGCCAAAGAGAAGAAACCCAGAGCUCAAACGAAGAACAUGUUGAAGAAACAAAACGCCAUAAGUCUUACAAUCACAUACUCUCUUUGCUUGAAGCCGAAGAGGAUGAGCCCAGCCAAGACUUGUCACCCCUCAUCACCACUUUACAACAACAGCUCUCCUCGGACUCCGUUUUGGAUGCCCCUUUCCCUCUUUGUCAACCAGCAACACCAUCGCCCUCGAAACCCGACAAGGAAAACGCCACCGCCGCCCUCAGCUUAGAAGACUGCACAUCAGCAACUUGUUCCUUGAAAGAAGAUGAUGAUGAUAAAGAGCAAGUCAUAAGACAUUUGCUUGAAGCCUCUGAUGAUGAGCUGGGGAUUCCAAAUAGAGAAGAUGGCGAUGGAGAUGGUAGCGGUGGUGGUGGUGAUGUUGGCUUUGAAGUUUUUGAGUUGGAACAAGGUUUCAACAAUGGCGGAAAUGGGUUUGCAUUGUGUGAUGGGUUAUGGGAACUUGAAGAUGAGGCUGCUAAUUACUAUACUUUGUUACAGUCUGAACUCUUCAUGUAGCUUCAUGGCCGGAGAAACUACGAAGCAGAAAGAAAUGGUAGGGGUAAAAAUUAGAGAAGGGGAAAAAAAGGGAGUGCGGGGGGAAAUAUGAAAAAUGAAGGCGAUUAUUUUUUUUGGGACUAAUUCAUUUUGGAACCCCCCCAACUUCUUUGAAAAUAUCAGGACUUUCCCCUUGUUUCUUUGUUCAAUAUUAAAAUUAAAUUGUUAAAAGGAGGAAUAUGCUUUA